GCCCGAAAAAAGAAGAAGAAACAACACUUUUUUCUAUGACAUUCUAUGGUUAUGUUUAUGUUAAAAUUUAAAAUACAAAAUAACUAAUUAUUUCUACCCUAAACAUGUAUUUUAGUUAAUUGCACCGAUGAAUACUCUAUUUGAAACAUCUGAACAAACGGAGCCUCGGUCGCUUCCAAAGAAAAUAUCUCCCGCUGGAAAAUUUUUUGUAGCAAUCACAGGAGGUGUUGCAAUUGGUUUGACAGUAAUAUGUGCCCCAUUUAUCAGUCCUGCAUUUCGAAAAUAUUGUUUACCAUAUAUUCCAGCUACAGAUCAUCAAGUUAAAAAUAUAUUGGCCGCUCUCAAAGGAAGAACUGGUACCCUUUUAGAUCUAGGAUCAGGAGAUGGAAGGAUUGUUUUGGAAACUGCAAAAAACAAGUUUAUAUCUCAUGGUGUUGAACUGAACCCAUGGUUAGUAUUAUUUUCAAAAAUAAGUGCCCUAAGAGAAGGAAUCACAAACGCCAAGUUUUAUAGAAGAGAUCUGUGGAAGUACAGCAUACAUCAGUAUGAUAAUAUUGUUAUUUUUGGAGUAGAACAAAUGAUGAAUGACCUAGAGAAAAAGUUUAUUAAGGAAUGUAAAUCAAGCUGCAAAAUAAUAGCGUGCAGAUUCCCUCUUCCCAAUUUGACACCUAUCAAAACCAUUGGACAUGGAAUAGACACCGUAUGGGUCUACGGUUUAAAAUAGAUUAAGGGGGUAAGGUGCUCUUCCAAGUUUAAGCAUAAUAGUGAAAUUGUAUAUAUUUAAAAAUAAAUAGUUUAUUUUA